GGUGGUGUUGGUGCUGGUGCCCUGUUGCCGGACACACUCGAUGGACCAAUUUAAUGCUAGCUUAAAUACCGCAAAAAUCCCACAGUUCUCAUGAAGGAUGUGUACAGCGUGGAAUGAAGAGUAGCAACUAACACUGCUGUACGAUAGAGUACAGCCACACCCGUACACACACACCCCCAUGCGAAUGGACAUACGGUACAGCAGAUGCUGUGUGCAGGUUUAAAGGCCCACAUUCUGCAGAGAUUUUCGCCAUUUGAUUGCUGAUCACUGUGUUCGCACAACAUACUGGUGGUUGCUUUUGCUGCUCCAGCAAAGCUUACGCGCGAUACCUUUUUUGCCUGUUGUUCCAGUUUUCUUUUUAUUCUGUGCCCAAUAAAUAACCUGCGUGUGCGGAUAAGGUGUUUGUGUGUGACAAAACAUCGAGCCUCUUUCAGUGUUCUAUCCCUGUUACGUUUUGGUCUGGGAACGAUCUUCCUACACGUGUAAAUUCUAUCAACCUGAAAAGAACAGGAUGGCAAGCAACAACAGCCAUCGCAACUGUCCAAUGAAUGGACAUCUGGCAGUGAACGGAAAGCAACAGACCAUCCCUGAGGAUGAUCCGAUGGCAAACUUCAUCCGUCCCGAUCAACCAUCUCGGUGUACCUGGGCCCUUGGUACAACGGAGACAAGCCCUCAUCAUCAUGAGCCACUUGCACCGAAACCGUCAGUGCUGCCUUCAAUUCUGGAAGCUGUCGGAGGAACACCCUUGGUGAAGCUCAAUAAAAUUCCCCAAUCGUUGGGAUUGAAAUGCAAUGUUUACGUUAAAUGUGAGUUCCUCAAUCCGGGUGGAUCGGUGAAGGAUCGCAUUGGGGUGCGGAUGGUGUUGGAGGCAGAGCGAAAGGGACUGUUGAAACCGGGCUGCACUAUUAUUGAACCAACGUCCGGCAAUACCGGAAUCGGCCUGGCAAUGGCUGCUGCCGCCCGAGGCUACCGUUGUUUGAUCGUGAUGCCCGAAAAGAUGUCCAACGAGAAGGUGGAUACGUUAAAAGCGCUCGGUGCGGAGGUGAUUCGCACACCAACUGAGGCAGCGUUCGACUCCCCCGAAGGCUUAAUCGCCGUGUCGCAGCGUCUGCAGCGUUCUAUCCCAGACUCGGUCAUACUCGACCAGUACCGCAAUGCCGGAAAUCCAUUGGCACAUUACGAUGGUACCGGUGCAGAGAUUGUGGAACAACUGGGUGGACGAGUGGAUAUGAUCGUGAUUGGAACGGGUACUGGUGGAACCAUGACCGGUAUUGGCCGCCGUAUCAAGGAAUCCUGUCCGAACUGUCAGGUUAUCGCUGCUGAUCCGGAGGGUUCGAUUCUGGCCGAACCGGAAGAACUGAACCAGACAAAUGUGAGCUUCUACGAGGUAGAGGGUGUCGGGUACGACUUCCUUCCGACCGUACUCGAUCGCAGUGUGGUCGACAGGUGGUAUAAGUUUAAUGAUCGUGUAGCGCUUCCCCUCGCUAGACGGUUGAUCCGUGAUGAAGGGCUAUUGUGCGGAGGAAGCAGCGGAGGCAACCUGUACGUGGCACUUGAGGCGGCCAAGGAAUUAAAAGAGGGACAAAACUGUGUUGUCGUACUACCUGAUAAUAUUCGUAACUAUCUGACGAAAUUCGUAUCAGACAACUGGAUGGAGGCACGAAACUUCAAAGAGUCUGAUAAUUGCCAUAAUCAAAAAUGGUGGAAUGAAAAAGUACAGAUAUUGCCACUAGAGACUCUCUUAACUGUGCGUGAUGAUGCGCAUAUCAGUGACGCAAUUGAGACGAUGAAGCAAAACAAUCGUACCCAUCUUCCUGUUGUUGCCGAUACUGGCGCCAUCAAGGGAGUGGUACACCUUCCAAACCUUUUGAGCAAACUGCUCAAUCGCCUGGCAAAACCAUCGGACCUCGUUCACCGGGUCAUCUUUAAGCAGUUCGUUAAGAUUGACCACGAGGAGAACGUCGGCCGUGCUUCACGUAUAUUAGAAAAAGAUAGCUUUGUGCUAGUUACUCGUCAAGAAAUUGGUGCUACACCAACCGAACGGCUCGUAGGAGUUCUUACUCAACGUGAGAUGUUAAAUUUUGUUGCGGAUCGCGCUGUAAUUGUUGACAAUGAAAAUGAAAAUUCAGAAUAACUUUGUUGCCCUAAUAAUGCGGUAAAUGGGCAAAGCAUUCAACUGCAAACAACUAAAUUUACAACUAAACCACGAAAUAAUUAGACUCACAUAACGCGUGAAAAAUAUCAAGACGAAAUAUUAUUGUGGAAAUAAAACAAAGGUAAAAGACUCGAGAAGGCCCCCCCUGACAAAAUUUGUUAGGCACAGUAGGAUUUACGCCUAAAUGUAUGCAAUCCGCAGUACACGUUGCGAAAGCUUCACAAUGUGCUUUCAGUAAGGUCAAAUAUGGUUGAAUAAAGUCGAAUCAAAUAUUGCUUAUUAUUCGAUUAAA